CAUCAAUCGUCAUCAACAUGGCCGCCGCCGACCAAGAAACCCACGCCAGCGGAGUUCGUCCUCGUUCCUACCAAGACGAGAGCUAUUUGCACGGGUUUCUUGGAAAUGUGGACGACUUACAGAAAAAUGGGGUACUGCAGGAUGUCGUCCUUGAAGUCGAGGGCCGGCGGUUUCCCUGCCAUCGGCUUGUUCUGUCCGCGGCCAGCCCCUACUUCAGGGCCAUGUUUACAAGUGACAUGGCGGAAAGUCGUCAGAAGACGGUUGUUUUACAGGGUUUGGAGAUGCGUGUGUUUGAGGAGAUCCUGAGUUACAUCUACUCGGGAACCCUCCAUGUGUCCCUGGACAAAGUGCAGCCCCUGUACCAUGCAGCGGACCUCCUCCAACUGGACUAUGUGAGAGACACCUGCAGCAGCUACAUGGCCAUGAACGUGGAGCGCUCCACCUGUGUGGACCUGUACAAGUUUGCUGAUGUCUUCUCUAUGGACAAUGUUCGAAAAGCUUGUCUGCGGGGGAUUGCCAGACACUUUACUGAGGUUGCCUCCAGCGAGGAGUUCAACAGCCUGAGUGUGAAUCAGCUGACUGAGAUCAUCUGCCACGAUGAGCUGGAUGUUAAAGAAGAGACAACAGUGUGGGAGGCUGUGGUGAGAUGGGUGCAGCACAGCAGGGAGAACAGACUGCACCACCUACCCAGCAUCCUCCCUUACGUCCGAUUCAGCCUGCUGACCUCAGACGACAAGGCAGGCAUCUUGGAGCACCCCCUGGUAAGGGAGGAUCCUGGGAUUUCUAAGGUCAUCAGGACUGAGGUACGGAAAGAGAACCCCGACCUGAAAUCGAGGCUCGGGAUGACCACGGAAAUGGUUCUUAUGUACAAUCCGACCUGGAGACACCACGAUAUCUUCUUAAUGAACCCUCGUGAAGAGAAGUACAUCAACUGCAGUUACAGCGAAGAAGACAUCCCUCGUUUCACGGACAUUACAGUCACCAGUGAUAACGACAUCUUAGUCCUUGAAACGAAAGAGGCAGCGAAUGACCAUCAGUUGUCCCUGUUUAGAUACAACAAUAAGCAAAACAUGUGGGAACAAGUAGGCGUGUCCUUAAUAUCUAAGGAACACUAUGACUUCAAGUUCCUCAAGGAACUACUUGUUGAAGUUGAUCAGACUUUGUAUUACCUUGCUGUUGAUCAAAAUGGAGGCCGGCCUUUGUUGCAGACGAGAAAGUACAACCAGCAAGCAAGACAAUGGUUGGAGUGUUCACCGCUUCAAUUCGACAAAACUAUUAACAAACGUGGAUCCUUCUUUGCAUUGUCCUGUGGUUCACACAUCUAUUUCUUCACAAGUGAGACAUUGCAUUCCUACGAUCCGAGCCAGGACCAGUGGAGCAAGCGGACCCCACCAAUUGACAUCGCCAAAGUUUGUACAGCUGUUGCCAUGGGAACAGAGAUUUUCUGCACGGAUCGUAACUUCACACAGACUAUGGUGUACGACACAGAGUCAGACUGCUGGCAGAAACUGCCGGGCUGGCCGAACCCGGGAAACUUUGUUGUUGAUCAUCAUCCCAGUCUUCUUGUACUGGAGAACCAGCUCCACAUAUUGUUAACCUGUACUGUUGACUUACAGGAAGGUAUAGUAUAUCUGUUAUAUGUAUAUGAUAGGUCUGCUGAUGCCUGGAUAGACUUGAAGGCAAAUGUGCCUGAUGAUAUAAGAUGUGUUGCGUAUGGUCCAUGUUGCCCUGUUGCACGUAUAUACCUGCCAUAUCUUACAUAUUAAAAAACACAUAAUUUCUUAUGCUUUUCAGUGUUGAUGUUGAUAAGGACACACACAGGGCAGGACUGAUUAACUGCAUUUUCUAUACAUCUCGAGUUUAUUUUAGAAUACAAUGUUAUAAAAGUCACGUGCAGGCCAGGCAGACGACGAGUAACUGUCUGCCAACCAUUGUCUUCUGAUACAUGCAUUUGUAUGGAUGCCAACAACAACGUUAUAGCUUAUAGCUGUUGUAUUACAGUUUGUACUUUGGUAAAAGUUUACAAAAAUUAUUCCUUCUAAUAAUAUUGGUUCCAUAGUAGGCCAUGGAUGAAGGUAACCUGUAAGCCAAACUAACCUUGGAAGGUUAGAUCUACCUUGCUAUUUAGAUCUGGUGAUGAUCUCUGAAGAUGUCCACGUUCAAGGUUCAAGGUGAUGAUUUAGCCUGGUAGUAGUUUGCUACCCAUCUGGGGAACUGUACAUUAAAAUUGGUAGUGAUGCCAGGUAAUGAGCAAAUUAAGGAAUGGGUUCUAGAGUGCUUGUUCGGUAACAACAGCCUCUUCUGCAAGCGGGCGAAGGGUGUUUCGGGUGUUGGAAUGCCUGGUCGAACAAGUGAUUGCACCCAUUCCUUAAUUCGCUAAUGUCUUGAGAUCAAUCAGCACCCUCGUCCAAAUUUGGACGUGCAAAAGUUAGAGAUGUCAAGGUUCCAGGACGGAAUAGCAGAGAAGCGACUGUAUAAAGUGUGUAAUAAAAGUUGGAGCGAGAAGCGACAGUAUGUAGUGUAUAAACAUCAGAGUGAACUACUACCUGGAUGGUACCCAGGGUAGUGAUGAUUGGCUGAUGAUCUCGAGAGAUAAUGUCUGUUACUGUUAAACUAGUUGGAUAAGUAGUGUUGAACUAUCUAACCUUUGGCCUUAGGGCCAUAAUCAUCAACAUGGAUGCGGAUGUAAAUAAAUGGUACAA